AUGGGGAUAUUUACCGCGCCUUUGGUCACAUUGGCCGUGGCCGCUGCGUUCUAUGCUACCGGCAUCGAAGCUAAGUGCGGCCCUUGGCCUGAGGUCUCCUGCUGCAGGAAACUUGUGGCAGCUGGUUUGGGACACAGUGUUGUCUUCCCCAACGAGACGACAUACCAUAUGAGCCUUGAGUCCUAUUGGUCAACCAGCGCCGCUCUCAGCCCGUGGUGUAUGGUUUUCCCUUCUACGGCCGAAGAUGUCUCUACUAUCAUCACGACAGUCGUCGCGGGUCACUGUCCCUUUGGUGUGAAAGGAGCGGCGAAAAAAGAGGAAAAAAGUGGUUUCGCUAACUCGAUUUCUUCUCGAACAGGCAAUAUGAACGAGACGACGUACAACUCCAAAACCGGGAUUGCCUCCAUCCAACCAGGCGCCCACUGGCAAAGUGUGUACGAAACGCUGGCACCCCAUGGGGUAGUAGCCACCGGCGGCCGUGCAGGCUCAGUCGGCGUCGGCGGCUUCCUCACAGGCGGCGGCAAUUCGUUCCACUCAGCCUCUCACGGCCUGGGAUGCGAUAAUGUGGUCAACUUCGAGGUAGUGAUUGCAGAUGGGUCCAUCAUCAACGCCAACGCGGAGCAGAACCCAGACCUCUGGGUCGCUCUCAAGGGCGGAUCGGGUAACCUAGGCCUGGUCACACGUUUCGACCUGAGCACCAUCAAGUACCCCAAUCCUGCGAAGCCGGAGAUCUGGGGCAAGUUCAUCUCAUACGACCCAUCCGCAGGUGGCGGCGUCAUCGAUGCCAUGGUAGACUUCACCGACAAGGCCCACCUGGACCAGAACACGACCUCGAUCCUGUACUUUGGCCACGUCCCGGCCGCCGGCGGGAAGGUUAUCCACCUGGGCCUGGAGAACACCAUCGGUGUCGCCGACCCUCCGGCGGUUGCUGGCUACCGCAAGGCUGGCAAGAUCCUGACCGAGAACGGCAUGGUGGUGCCCAUGACCGAACUUGUCAAGUCGGAGGGCCCGGCCCAGCCGGCGGGACACCGAAACAUCUGGUUCUCACUCGCGUUCAACAACGAUGCCCGCGUCAUGAAAUUCGCCACGGAGCAACACGAGAUAGCCGUAACAAAGCUAACCAAGCUGUUACCAGGCGACGACGGCAACGGCAACUUCACCACCAUGUGCGCCUUCCAGCCUCUAAACCGAGUCAUCGCGGACCACGGCAUCCAGCGCGGCGGCAACGUCAUGGGACUAGACUACUGGAUCCAAAAGAGCGGUAGCCACGGCGUCCUGUUCCUAGCUGAGCUCGGCCUGCACGGAGCCGAGAACGAGAAGAAGGCGUACCCGAUCGUGCGGGCAUGGGCCGCCGCUGUCGAGGCGUACGCAAGGGAUCUUGGCGUCGGCUGGGGCUGGCAGUACUUGAACUAUGCUGGCGCUGAGCAGGAUCCCCUCGCGACGAUCGGGCCUCAUGCGCUGGGGAAGCUGCGGGCUGCGGCUAAUAAGUACGAUCCGGAUCGUGUUUUUCAGAGGCUGCGCGCGUCCGGGUUUAAGAUCCCCGAAUAUGAGAGGUUGUGA